ACAUGAAAUAAAAUGCAUGAUUUAACCACAGCUGAACCCCACCCCCUCCCUCUCUGUGGUUGGUGCCAGAGAUGCUUGAGAGAGAUGCAGACUGGAGCUGAGCAGUAGAGAGUGAGAAAGAAAAUCGUGAGAGUUGAAUAUAAAGCUAGAUACAGAGAGACAGAAUCAGAGAGAAAUUAUUUGACUUCACAAGGACAAGGACAUCUCAGGAUAUGUGUGAAAUAUUUCACAAGUUCAUCAUGGGGCUACGUGACUUUAUAAAGGAGUAUUUUCUUGGUUUCUGGGACUAUGAGACACCAAAGGUGAUGGUGGUUAAAAACACAACUCUUGGAGUUAUAUACAGAAGCGUUCAGUUUCUUGUCAUCACCUAUUUCAUCUGGUAUGUCUUCAUAAGUCAGAAAGCCUACCAAGAGAGUGAAACCCGUCCAGAGAGCUCAGUUUACACGCUCAUGAAAGGCACAGCAGUUCAUGGAGAUGAUAUCUUGGACACUGUGGAGUACGCUCGACCAUCAGAGGGUGGUGGCGUGAUUAGCACAAUAUUGAGACGAGAAGUUACUUAUGAUCAGAGGCAAGGAACCUGCGCUGAGUAUUUCAACGUUGCCAAUGCCAACUGUACGAGAGACUCAGACUGUGUCCAGGGAGAGGUCAACUUUGAUGGCCAUGGCAGAAGGACCGGCAGGUGUGUUCAGUACUACAACCACACCUUCAAAACCUGUGAGGUCCAAACCUGGUGUCCUAUUGAGGAGUAUGCUGUAGUACGAGAACCAGCAUUAGUGGAGGCCAUCAAUUUCACAGUGUUCAUCAGGAACUCUAUCCACUUCCCCAGAUUUAAAGUGUUGAGGGGAAAUAUCAAAGAUGCUUCAAACAAACGGGACAUGAAGAAAUACCUCAGUAAGUGUCAUUAUAAUGAGGAGAAAGAGGCCUACUGUCCAAACUUCCGUUUGGGCUACAUCGCAGAUCAAGCCAGGGAGAAUUUCGGUGAGCUCUGCAAGACUGGAGGAGUGAUAGGGGUUUUCAUUAACUGGAAGUGUAACCUGGACCUGGAUCCUUCCCAUUGUAAACCUACAUAUUCCUUCCGUCGCCUUGAUCUCCGAAAGGACCAGGCCAGCUCUGGUUACUAUUACAGGUUUGCCAAAUAUUACAAUAAGGAUGGGGUAGAGUCUCGGACGCUCAUCAAGGCCUACGGCAUCCGUCUAGAUGUCAUAGUUCACGGACAUGCUGGUAAAUUCAGUCCCAUCCCAACCAUCAUCAGCACGGUGACUGCAAUGACUUCAGUUGGGAUUUGUACCAUUAUCUGUGACUGGAUCAUGCUGACGUUUAUUGACAAGAAUGAAGUCUACAGUGAGAGAAAGUUUGAUGAGAUUAUCAAAGAGCCCAAGGUGCCCAUUCCCACGGAGCUCAGCUACAUCAGCAGCUACGGCUCAAACCAUUCAGACCUGUCAGACGGUGUACCACUGUAAAAUGGUCACAGUUGCCUCAGUCCUCGUCGCUGGAUAAAGGUGUGGAGUCCUCCAUCAGCUGACUGAGUGGAUCCUCAGGUGUCUGCAACAGCUCAGUUAUGGGCUGCCAGCAGUUGCUAUGCUGUUGUUAGUGGAAAUAAACUGACAGAGAACCAGUGACAGAGGACAUCACCUGAAGGACAGCUGGUUGCCUCAGAGUCUCAGCCUAUGCAGUGGAUUCAGCUCAUAUAUCAUCUCAAACCUUGGUGUACCCCAACUGUGCGACAAUUAAUUGUUUCUCUUUCACGUGACAUGACUUGCAGCAAAACCACUGUGUAACACCAUGUGUUUAUUUUCUAAGAAUGAAAAGAAACGAAACCCUUUCAUAGCAGAAAAAAAAAUACACAGUAAUGACAAACAUUACAAACUAUGCCCA